AUGGGCUCGUCUCGGGGCGUCGAACCGGAGCGACACGAACCACUAUGCGAAGCAGAGGAGAAGAAUCAAGUCUUGUUCCGAUCAAUGGAUUCCUUGUUCGUCGAUGUCGUACGCGGGCCUCUCUAUGAUCCUCAACCGGAAGUGAAGAUUGCUGAAGUGCUAGCUGGAGUUCAAUCGGGCCUCCAACGGCAGGCUAACAAGACUGUUCCCUCAGAGUCGAUCUCACUCGAGUUGCCCAAAGAUUUCGAAGAGCUUUUGCGGGUCACAGACGGGGUCACUGGAGCUGGUAUACCGUCCGAAACCGCCGAUACAUAUCUCGUCAGCGGUAUUGAGGGACUUGAAGCGGAAAGCGGCAAGCCGGGAGAGCGGCACUGUCUGAUUGAUUGGUGGAAUGAUGACUGGACGGUAUUCGCUGCCUGGGAACUCGGUGGUUGUACUCAGCACCGACAGAUAUUCUACGUGCUUUCUCGAGACGCGCAUAAUGAAGCCGCCCCUAUCACUUGGAAGGUCUUUGACAAGAAUGGUAUCGAGCUACAUGUGUACGACAGCGUUGUACAAUUCCUCGAGCACGAGACUUUUCACAUCGAGCAAACACCUGGCGGACACAAGCAGGAGCAGAUUCUCGACUCUGAAACGUAUCCAACUUAUGCUUGGUAG